AUCCAUUUUCCUCUUGGUAAUGGUUGAUGUGGAUAUUUGCGUUCCUUACUCUUUUUCUCUGCUCUCCCAAACCGAUCCAAACAAAAUCCAAUGGCUUCACUCUCCACCAUCACCACCACUCGCGGCACUCAUUUCCCUCCAACCACCACCACCACCCGUCGAACCUCUUCAUUUCGGGCACAAACCUUAACCCGACCCGAAUCCGAGCCACAACCUCCUUCUCCUUCCUCCGUUGCCGGCGCAGAGAAACUACGGACCACACCAAUGGCGGUGACCGUUGAUGAACGGACCCGAAGGAUAGCGAAGGAAGUGGAGAAGCUGAAGAAGAAGGAAGCGAAGGAGAGGAAGGAGAUGAAGAACAGCAAGAUAGCGUCGCAGAAAGCAGUUUCAGUGAUACUGCGGAGAGAGGCCACCAAGGCUAUCAUUGACAAGAGAAGGAAGAAGGGUCCAAUCAAUUCCAAGAAGCUUCUGCCUAGAACAGUGCUUGAAGCGCUUCAUGAGAGGGUCACUGCUUUGCGUUGGGAAUCUGCACUCAAGGUCUUUGAACUACUGCGUGAACAGCUCUGGUACAGACCUAACUCUGGUGUGUACAUCAAGUUAAUAGUCAUGCUUGGAAAAUGUAAGCAACCUGAGAAAGCUCUUGAACUCUUUCAAGCUAUGGUUGAUGAAGGUUGUGUUGUGGAUUGUGAAUCAUACACUGCAUUGUUAUCUGCCUACAGCAGAAGUGGUCUCUUGGAGAGAGCUUUCUCUCUUCUUGAGGAAAUGAAGAGUACACCUGGUUGUCAGCCAGAUGUCCAGACUUACUCAAUCCUCAUAAAAUCUUGUUUGGAGGUUUUCGCAUUUGAUAAAGUUCAGGGUCUUUUAUCUGACAUGGCCAUUCAUGGAAUCAAACCCAACACAGUUACCUAUAAUACCCUUAUUGAUGCUUAUGGGAAGGCAAAAAGGUUUUCCGAAAUGGAAUCUACUCUUGUGGAAAUGCUAGCUGACCGAGAUUGCCAACCGGAUGUAUGGACCAUGAAUUCAACACUCAGGGCCUUUGGCAACCUUGGGCAAAUAGACACCAUGGAGAGGUGUUAUGACAAGUUUCAGACUGCUGGAAUUCAACCUAAUGUUCAGACUUUCAAUAUUCUCUUGGAUUCCUAUGGCAAGGGUCAUGAUUACAAGAAAAUGAGCGCUGUGAUGGAAUACAUGCAAAAGUACCAUUAUUCUUGGACAAUUGUGACCUAUAAUAUUGUGAUUGAUGCUUUUGGGAAGGCUGGGGAUCUCCAACAGAUGGAGUAUUUGUUUAGACUAAUGCGGUCAGAGAGAAUAAAACCCAGUUGUGUUACACUGUGCUCUCUUGUGAGGGCUUAUGCACGUGCAGGUAAACCUGAAAAAAUUGGUGGUGUCCUGCGUUUUGUUGAGAACUCAGAUGUAUUACUGGACACCGUAUUCUUUAAUUGCUUAGUGGAUGCUUAUGGGAGGUUAGGGUGUCUUGCUGAGAUGAAGGGAGUGCUUGAAAUAAUGGAACAAAGAUGUUGUAAACCCGAUGUUGUAACUUACAGAACCAUGAUUAAAGCUUAUUCAUUUAAGGGAAUGCAUACUCAUGUUAAGGAGCUCAAAGAGCUCCUUACAACAGUAAAGAGGCCUCCUUUUAAAAGAAACAAGCCUGACUUUUGAUCAUAAAAUAUACUGAUAUUUUUGCUCCA